CAGGGGAGAGGAGAGAGACAGAGAGGGAGGGAAGCUGGUGAAGCCGCGGAUAUUCAUGAGAACGGCAAGUGUUUUUCUUUUUUUUUUUUUUCGCCGUUGUGACACACCGCAAUGUCCACAAACAGACAGCGAGAGUGGGGAAGACAGAGAGGGAAGGAGGAGAGUGAAAGCAAGACGAGGCUCAGCCCAUCUUGCCAUUGAUCUUCAAGCGACCAAGGGAGCAGAUUCCAGCAUGGAUAUCACAGGAAACCCAAGCAGGAUUUUGGACAUUUAAAUUUCCCAGAUGAGGCAUUCAAAUCCAGAAAGACUUGCCAAGCAAAGUUUGGAUCUAAGUGACCAAUCAGGUUGUGGAAAACCUUUCCCAAGACUAGGGAGACUCAAUCCAAAGUCAUCAAUAAUAGCUUUGGAGUCUUAAUUGUUGCAGAUUUUAAUUUUUGAUGGGAUUAAUUUACCACUUGCUUGCAUCAUGCGAACUGUCCUCCAAUUUGGGUAACUAUUUUAGAGAAAUGUGAAAGGUUUUCUUUAGCAGCAUCAUCAUGAACUCUAACCAGGAUGUCCUAUUGGCUUGUCAGGCCAAAGGAAAACAACACAUGGUGACUAUUGUUUUUUGAGUCAAAUUUCCAUUUUUGGCAUUUUGGAAGUGCAGCACAUCUAAACUUGGAGCUGCUGAGGGGCAAAUAAAUGCUCCUUUACCGUGUUGCAGCAGUGGGACACUUGAUUUUGGCCAUUUGAAAACUGAGGUGUGGGCGGAGCACAGGUGCAGCAAUUGGCUAGCUGAGUCAGCUCCAAUGGGGGCCGGUUGUGACCCGGUCUAACCCCAGUUUGAGCUUGCAGUGACCUUUGACCUCUCCGGUCCUGGCUCUCCACCUGCUCUGCUGCCUGGGUUCCGGAACGCUCCGCCCUGGGGCCCAGAACGAGCCAAUCAGGAUGAAGAAGAGCCGCAGCGUGCUGUCGGUGACUGGAGAAGAGGGGAAUGACACAGAAGUAACGGUUGCUGAGGAGAAGGCGGAGUCAUCUCGCUACAGCCGAUCAUACACGUCUGGGGCCACGCUAGGGGCUGAGCUACGCAGGGGGAGAAGCAGAAGACUCUCACCGAGUCUCCAGGUACCCUGCUGGCUCCGUCCUCGAGAUCGCACCCGUUCGCCAGAGGUUCUGAGCGAUAUGUCGCGCCCCACAACUCUUCCACUUCGUAUCCCACCUCGCAUCUCCAUCACACAAGCAGACACUGACAGUUAUGAAGCAGAAAAUGGCGUAUCCCCUGGUCAUACUCCUCUGGGUUCCCAGAGUCCAAGCCUCACCUUGCAUACCUCCUUCCCUCAGGGCCAGAGAAGAGAGUCCUUCCUGUACCGCUCUGACUCUGACUAUGACAUGUCACCUAAGACUGUCUCUCGUAACUCUUCCCUUGCUUGUGAAGGGCACACAGCAGAGGACUUUAUUGUCACACCUUUUGCUCAAGUUCUGGCCAGUCUGCGAUCAGUGCGGAGUAACUUCACCAUCCUUGCCAAUGUCUCUACACCUACAGUCAAGAGGUCUCCUCUUGGUGGACUGUGUGUCAGUCCCAGGGCGACACUAUCAGACCAGCAGUACCAGCAGCUCGCCCUUGACACACUGGAGGAGCUGGACUGGUGCUUGGACCAGCUGGAGACCAUUCAGACGCAUCGCUCUGUCAGUGAAAUGGCUUCCAACAAGUUUAAGAGGAUGCUGAACAGAGAGCUUUCCCAUCUGUCAGAGAUGAGUCGCUCUGGGAACCAGGUGUCCGAAUACAUCUCCAGCACCUUUCUGGAUAAGCAGAACGAGGUGGAAAUCCCAUCUCCGACGCUCAAAGAUAAAUCUAUGAGUCACAUCAGUGGAGUAAGGAAACUGUCUCACAGCUCCAGCCUCUCCAGCGCUUCGAUGCCUCGCUUCGGUGUCAACACAGAUCAGGAGGACGAGCUUGCCAAGGAGCUGGAGGAUCUGGACAAAUGGAGUUUUAACAUAUUCAGAGUAGCAGAAUUCUCAAACAACAGACCACUUAGCUGCAUCAUGUACGCCAUCUUCCAGGAGCGGGAGCUGUUAAAGACAUUUCGUAUUCCUGUUGACACCUUUGUCACUUAUGUGAUGACCCUGGAGGACCAUUACCAUGGAAAUGUAGCAUACCACAACAGCCUCCAUGCUGCAGAUGUCACCCAGUCCACGCAUGUCCUGCUCUCCACACCUGCUCUGGAUGCCGUCUUCACUGAUCUUGAGAUCCUGGCUGCUUUGUUUGCUGCAGCUAUCCAUGAUGUAGACCACCCUGGAGUUUCCAAUCAGUUCCUCAUCAACACCAACUCUGAAUUGGCCUUGAUGUAUAACGAUGAGUCAGUACUGGAGAACCACCACCUCGCUGUGGGCUUCAAGCUCCUGCAUCAGGAGAACUGCGACAUUUUCCAGAACCUCACCAAGAGGCAGCGCCAGAGCCUUCGCAAGCUUGUCAUCGAUAUGGUGUUAGCUACAGACAUGUCCAAACACAUGACUCUGCUGGCUGAUUUGAAGACCAUGGUAGAGACAAAGAAAGUGACAAGUUCUGGUGUUUUGCUCCUGGACCACUAUACAGAGCGGAUACAGGUGCUGAGGAACAUGGUGCACUGUGCAGACCUGAGCAACCCCACCAAGCCGUUACCACUAUACAGGCAGUGGACGGAGAGGAUCAUGGAGGAGUUCUUUCGACAGGGUGACAAAGAACGAGAAAGAGGGAUGGAGAUCAGCGCCAUGUGUGACAAACACACUGCCUCUGUAGAGAAGAGUCAGGUGGGUUUCAUUGACUAUAUAGUCCAUCCGCUGUGGGAGACAUGGGCUGACCUGGUGCAUCCAGACGCCCAGGAACUACUGGACACACUGGAAGAGAACAGGGAAUGGUACCUGAACACCAUGCCCCAGUCUCCUUCACCUCCUCCCGACAGGCACCUCCAGCAUGAUCGCUUCCAGUUUGAACUCACCCUUGAGGACCUGGAGCAGAACAACCACAACCACAUACACCUAAGGAGCAGCAGUGGGAGGAGUGGCAGGAGCGACCGGAAAGCCAUUUGUAUUGACAAUGCAGACAGAAUGCAGGACGACCACACAGAAGCAAAUGGGGAGGAGCAGAACCAUGAUGAAAAUGAGAAAUACGAUGAGGAGAUUCUCAACAGCAAACAGAAUGGGGUUCAGGAAGAAGAGGAGAAAACUGGAGAAGGAGAGGGUGAAGAAACAGAGGAAGUGCAGGAAGAUAGCCAAGUUCAAGAGGAGCAAACAGAGGAAACAGAGAAAGCAGAGGAAGUGAAUGGUACAGCACAAGAUGAGGACAUAAAAGAAGAAGAGGACAAAAAAGAAGAAAUGGAGGAGGAAACACAAAAAGAAAGAGAAAAUGAUAAAGUAGAAGGUGAGGACGGUGGAGAAAAUGAGGACGAAGAUGAGCAGGAAAAUGUGGAAGAGAUAAACAUGGAAAUAGAUGAAGAAAACAAAGAGGAGGAAAUUGAAAUCGAAGAGGCAGAAGUGGAAGCAGAGACAGAGGAGAAGGUGGACGAAAAAGAGGGAGAUGUAGAAGAAGAAGAUGGUGGGGAGGAGAAGGUGGAAGAAGAGGAAACAGAAAUGGAAGAUAAAGUUGAGGAGGAGCAGGGAGAGACAGAGGAGAAUGUGGAAGAGGAAACACCUCAUGAGGUCGAAGAAGAUGAAGUUCAAGAAGAAGAGGCAAGUUAGUUGACAUAUUAACAGGGUCAGCAUGGAAAAAUGUUAAGGAGAGAUAAAAAGGGCCAGAGAGACUCGAGCAGACAGCAGUAUAGCUGUAGAUGAGGACAAAGAUCUAAGGAUGGCCUUCUUUUGAUAAUAUGUGGCAUCCACUUUAUCAGUGACUUGCUCAUCUGAAGGCCAGUGGUCAACUUCAGAUGUCUUAAAAAACUCAGUGACAUUUAAGACUACAGCACUGCUGAUAUGGAAACAAACCCUUUCUGGACAUUUCUGAACAGCCAAAUUAUUGGAGCAAGCUUAUCAGGCAGCAGCGACAGACUAGAGUCUUCUUCACCUGGUGUCUGUGCAUCUUUCACUGCCGUUGGGGACAAACUGGGGAAUAACAAUAAUAAAAGUGGGGGUGGGGUCAAUCAACCUUUUGUAGCUCCUAGGAAAAAAAAAAUUUAAAAGUGCUGAAAUACAUACAUGCAAAUAAGUGUGUGCCUGUUCUCCCGUUCUUAUAGACUAUCACCCAUUGUCUCUUGGUCACCGUCUCCGUCUUAUUGAUGAGGAAAAUGAUGGAAAAACAGCAACCCUAAACUCAAAGAGUAGCUGUUAAUAGAAUGACAGAAAACUAGAGAAAAAAAAUAAGCAAAUAACUCUGGAAGGUUGGAUUUGUCUUGUUAUAUUUACAAAAAAAACCUUCCACCUGUGAACAGGACGAACACCUUUGAGCUAUGGCCAGGGAGCAAUGUAACCUCCUCACAUACUAACCCUAAAGCAACAAUGCCGGAUUUCUGACACCAUUUCUAAAUAUGUGGACUACCGUUUUUGCAAAGUGGAAACAUUUGCAGCUUAAAAGGCUGAUCUAUUGUAUGUGUCAAUGUUGAUUCAUGUGAAAAGAAAAAAUAAGUGUUUAUCCCCUUGUGACAUUGUCACCUGAAUUGUGCCAAACUGUCCCACAACCAGCACUGAGCAAUCCAGCUUCCAACCAGAGGGGCUACUCAUCACAAAGCAAUGAAUAUGUGGGACCAGGCCAGCGGGUGUGACGGUCUUCCACAAAUUUUUCUUUUUUUUGUUUUGUAAAAUUGUAUUUGGCACUUUAUCUUACACUUCUGUUACAUAUAUGUACAUAAUAAACAUGUAUUUUAAUCUGCUGAUGUCAUAUAAUAAAUAUGAUCAAUUCA